CUUUAACAACGCACUACAUCUCUACUACUUAUCCUUCUAUUUUUCUCUUUUCACUUCCAACUCCACCUCUUUUCUGUGUGAACUAUGGAUCCUGAAUACGGUUCCCAGUAUAGUGCAGGCGACAUUGGCUUCGUCUUGAUCUGUAUGGCCCUUGUCUGGCUCAUGAUUCCAGGCAUCGGAUACUUUUACUCUGGCAUGGCCCGGAGUAAAAACGCCUUGUCUCUAAUCAUGUGCUGUCUAAUGUCUCUUGUUGUUGUCACUGUCCAGUGGUUCAUCUGGGGCUACAGUUUGACCUUCAGCAAAACAGCUUCUGUGUUUAUCGGCAACAUGGACAACGCUCUUUUUCGCAACGUUCUUGGCGACCCAUCCAUCGGCAGCGACAAGAUUCCCGACAUUGUCUUUGCUAUUUUCCAAUGCAUGUUUGCUGCCCUGACACCUGCGUUGGCCAUUGGUUCUGCCGCCGAACGUGCUCGUCUUUUGCCCAUGAUGAUUUUCAUCUUCAUCUGGUCCACCAUCGUCUACGAUCCCAUUGCUUGCUGGACUUGGAACCCGAACGGCUGGAGCGCCAAGUUGGGUGGUCUUGAUUUCGCCGGCGGCACCCCCGUCCACAUUUCAUCCGGCUUCGCCAGUUUGGCUUAUGCUAUCAUUCUUGGCAAGCGUCGCGGUCAUGGCAGCAUUACGGGUGGUGAGGAUUUCAAGCCUCACAACAUGUCCAACGUCGUUCUUGGUACUGCUUUCCUCUGGUUCGGAUGGUUUGGCUUCAAUGGAGGCUCGGCACUAGCUGGUAACAUGCGUGCCGCCAUGGCUUGCGUUGUCACUAACUUGGCCGCUGCUGUCGGUGCCAUUACCUGGUUGAUCAUGGACUACCGUAUCGAGCGCAAAUUCUCUGCCCUUGGCUUUUGCUCUGGCGCUGUCGCAGGUCUUGUCGCUAUUACUCCUGCAUCUGGCUUCGUUGGCCCUGGACCUGCUGUCGCCAUCGGCUUUCUCGGUGGCUUCUUCUGCAACCUUGCUGUCCACCUCAAGCACUUGCUCAAGUUUGAUGAUGCCGUCGAUGUGUUUGCCGUCCACGGUGUUGGCGGCUACGUUGGAAGCGUACUGACUGGUCUUUUCGCUGAGCAGUACAUUGCUGGAUUAGACGGUGUUACAGAGAUUGAGGGCGGCUGGAUGAACCAUAACUGGGUCCAGCUUGGUCACCAGUUUGCCGAUGCUACCGCUGGCGCUGCAUGGUCGUUCUGUAUCACUUAUCUCAUCUUGUUUGUCAUGGACCGUAUCCCUGGAUUAUCCCUUCGAGUUGACCCCGAGGUCGAACUCCAGGGCUUGGAUGCCGCCGAGAUCGGUGAAAUGGCUUACUACCAUGUCGACAAGGUCGUCACUGUCGAUCCCCAGUCUGGUGAACAAAAGAUUGUUUCGGAACAUAUCCGUGAAGUUCGCGGUAAUGAAAAUGCUCAAGGUGACUUGUCACCUGAAAAGAUUGUCGCGCCUAGCCAGUUCAACAACGUCUAAAGAAGACGAAGAUACGAUAAUUAUCCCUAUCAUAACUACUAUUGAUUCCUCUUACCUGAUCUUUAAUAUCUCCUCUUCCUCUCAGCUCAUUUAUACACGCGCAUUUAUAAUCAUCUUUGACUAUCCUCUUCUUUAUUAUGUAACCAAUAAUCCUUUUAUAUUUGAUCCGAGCUCUUUGCGUUCUGGUAUUAUGUACAUACAACUCUUUUGCAAAAAUAAAAUAUCUUUUUAUAUAUUUGCGGAAAUCA